AUGUGUCAGACUUUUGGGCAUUCUUUCAGCCGGCCUCAACGCAACGAAGCCUCCAGCACACCUCAGAACUCUCCUCAAAGGCUGUGCAUCCUGGUGCGGCAUCUGCGACAACGUGCCGUGGAUCGCCAAUUUCUUCCUGAGGCAGAUGCUGUGCUCCAGGCCUUCGAGGAUGAGGCCAGGCGCCAAGGCAGCGCCAUGGAAAGCGGCAAGGCUCGCCACAGGAAGCUGGAUCGCCACUUGGCGAAGCUGAAAUUCGGUGCGCUGGCAAGCCUUGCGACGUACCAGGACACCACCAGCAGCUUCUACUGGACUGUGCAGGCAGGUCUCGACAAACUCCGCAAGGACCUUGACUCGAAGUAUUGA